AUGGAGGCUGCGGCAAAGACCGUCACGAUGCAGAACGACCUCGGCCAGCUAAAUACGAUACUGUCCAUGGGAGUCGCCGCUCAGCACACAGCUGCACACACCGCCGCGCAACUUGAACGCCAGAAGGAGCGCAUGCAGGGAAUCAGCGGCGGGCUGCAAACCAUCGGCCAGAAU